CUCCCUAUUAGCUGCACUUCCUCAGCAGCUCUUAGCCCAGAGCAAUCCCCCAGGGGCACGGAUUACCCUGGCCUCUUGGCUUGUCCAGGCGGAAAGCAUGGGCUUCGAGCCACAGCUCUCUGAUUUUCCCAGAGUGCGCACCACAUCUUAUUACGCCAAUUAUUUUCAGGCCAUCUCCUUCGGCCAGCUCCCGCCACCAAUCAGCCCAUGACUCCAGCCUCCGUCACCUACUGGCUACGGUAGUUUUCAACCUGCCCCUGCAGCCCAGAUCCUCACGGGGAUUUAGGCACCGAAUUCCCACAGCAGUUAAAUGUUUUCGAGGAUCUGGGCCUUCAUGCUGGUUCCCCUGCUACCCCUUGUGCUUGGGAGCUGCUCCCCAUAAACAACUGCCAAGCUACCACAUUGUCCGACAUCAGACGGCUCCUUAAAACUCCCCCGACCUGGGAUGCCUCCAGAAAUCCGGACAAAGGUCAGGCUGCGGGCAUGCUGAGACCACCGUGUGUCCGCUGACCGGUGGUGAAACCCUGGGGGCUGCCGCUUCCUUGUCAUCCCCAUCUCCAAGGGCCCCCCCACGCCCCCCAACGGGCUGAGGACGCUGGGAAGCAGGAGGCUGCGUUACGGUUGCACCAUCAGGAUUGUAGUCCCUCAAGGGAGAGGGGGCGUGACCGCCCCAUGUCCCCCCCUCCCUUCCCGACACCCAUGGCAGCGAUGGCGGGCUACAGUCACCCCUUGCUCCUGGCCGUGGCCCUGCAGUGCAUGUUACAGCCGGCCCUGGGCCAAGCCACGAAUGGGAGCACUGCGACACCCAGACCUGCAUCGGGGCUCACGGAGUCAGAGCGGCUGGCGGCUAUCAUUGUCCCCUCCCUAGUUGGGGGUCUCCUGCUUAUUGGACUCGUGAUCUUCGGGGUGCUCAAGGUGCGGGAGAGGCGGCAGACGGAGGGCACCUACCGGCCAAGCAACGAGGAGCAGGUGGGUGCUCGGGUGGUGACGAACGCUAACCUCCAACUGCCCCCCGAGGAGCGGCUGAUCUGACCUGGGGGGAGGGGGAGGUCACACACACCCCCUCCCCGGACUGGCAGACUCUGCACCGGCUGGACCCUGCAGUUCCAGAGCCAGCCGCACACCUGGAGCGGGGGCUCCUUGCUCUCUGCUGGCUGGAAGAAGCUGACGUCUUCGUCGUGGGGUGCAUCGGAUUUCCACCUGCGCCCUGCUGCUGCAGGGGAGUGGGGGGUGCUGCCCAGCCAGGGUCGGCCCAGGGCAGCUUGCCCACGAAACUGCUGGCCGUGUUGGUGCUGUGCGACAUCGCCUCCUGGUGGACCACUUUAUCCAUCCCCCAUCCACCCCUGUCUGCAUCUCACACAUCCUGUAAUCUCCCCUACCUCGGUCGGCGUCUGUCUGUCCCAGGGCCGGCUGCAGGGGGGUUGUGCUUGAAGCUGCCCGGGUCACCAAGCCGGCCUCAGUUUGCAUUGCAGGCUGCAGAUGGGGAGUGACUGUGUGUUGGCACCAGGGCUGGUGAAAGCGAGGCUGGCGCAGCAGCGAAAGAAGGGGAAGCUAGAAACUCCUGCCUGAGCUGCAGGGGAAGGUUUUGGCUUUAAAAAAAUCUGCUGAAGGGAAACAGCCGUGUCUAUGCAUUGUUUAAAAAACCGAUCCCCUGGGUUAGUUAAUACACAUCAGCCCGAGGUGCAGACGGAAGGUAGGGGAAGACAGGUUUAAGUCCCUUCAUUGUCGUGCCUCAGUUUCCCUAUCUAUCACUCCCCCUCCCCCUGGUGCUCUACAAAACCUGCAGCCUUCUUGGGUGUGCGUGGAAGGUGCCACAUCACUGUCUAGUGGCUGGUGAAUGCAGAGGAUAAUAGCCUUCUGCGGCUGUCAGCUGAUGGAGCUGCUCCUUGGGCUGGGCUUACUGGACUCAAACCUGGGCGGCCGCUGGGGUCAUUUCUCAUGGUAGGGGGAGCAGUGAAAUACACUAAUAACUCAAAAAACAACUGGGCAGCCUUUUUUGCUGUCCUGUCCCUGGGGAAUGAACCAAACUGCACCCAACUUAACGAUCCAAAUCUUUGUCCUCUGGCUGGGCCGUGAUUCAUCCCUCCCUUAAACCAAAACUUGUUGGAAUCUUCUCCCAUGUGCGGCAUCCCCCUGGAGCCGGUGUCGGUGGCCUUUUCACCCAAGCCGCCGUGUCCCACAGCACAACCCCACCCCAUUGCUGUCCCCCUGGCCUGCACCGGGGCUAAGAUUAUUUCCCUGCAUGGGGCAGCCUGUCCCCCCAUCAGUGAGGCUGGAGCAGGAGCAGCCGUCCUCUGCCUUAAGCUUCCAGACACAGCUGCAGUAGAAGCCGCGUGGGGGCGGAUUUCCUUGCCCCAUUAGUCACUUGUACCAGGAGCGGUUCCCGAGCCUUGGGCUUGGCUUGUGGAUCUUUAGCUUGGGCUGGCUCUGCCUUUAUGCCACCCGUGGCUCGUUGCUCUGAACAUCUCAGCCUCUUAACUUUUUGAUGUAGUGGCAGGGAGUUCCCCAUGCUUCCAAGGGAGGGAGAUGGGGGAGGGAAGCUGUUUGCCCAGCAGGCCAUCCAGCAUCAGGGGUUGCUAGGAACCCAGUUCCCCAGCCAGCUGCCAUCUUUACAGCCCCUGGUCGAUGCUUCCUCGCUGUAGGCUGCAUCUGAGAUCUGUCCCCCUGCCUGCCGCCAGCGCCUCCGUGGCAUGCUCAGUGCCUGGCUGAAAGCUUCCCCUGCUCCUCCAGCCGUCAGCUGAUGCCGCGUGUUCUCUGCCUCAGUCACCUCUUCUCUCCUUUCAGUCCUCCCGGGAAGACCCGAAAUUAACCGAGCUGUGAGAGCUGGGAGCAAACGUCACCAGAGCAUGGCCCUUGCGCUUUGAAAGUGCCGGAGUUGGGAUCUCCUGGCCCCAUGCCCGCCCACUGGUCAGUUCCGCACCCCACCCUCCCCGGGGGGUCACUGCCCAGGCUGCCUCUCACAACCUCCCUGUUCACCUAGCACCGGGAGGGGCUGGUUGCUGACGGGGGUUCAGGGGCCCUGUGAUCAUACAAUUAACUGCAGCAGGGCUGGGGUCCUGAUAUGGGACCAGCUAUUCACAGCUCAGGGUGGGCCCCUGGGUGCAGCUCUGCCCACAGCUCAGCCUGGGCCCCCUGGGUGCAGCUCCGCCCACAGCUCAGCCUGGGCCCCCUGGUGCAGCUCUUUCCCCACCGCCAGCCUUAGCCUGAAGCAGGGCUGGGAGCCAUGUAGGAUUUAGGCUGCCAUUGGAAUCGAUGGGAGUUAGGCACCUCCAGCCCUUUGAGGAGCUGGGCCUCGGACCCAGGGCAUUUUGGUGCCCACGGUGCUAAUUUUACCCCUUCUCUGCACCCAACUAUGCAGCAAUGUAACUGAAGCCGUGCCCCGACACUCGGCUAGAAAGGGAGGCUGGUCGUGCUAGGAAGGCUCUGCCUCAGACCUGCUGGGUGACCCUGGACAAGUCAUGUCACCUCUUGUGCCUCAGUUUCCCUAGGUGUAGGAACCCAGUCCUACAGGGCCAGCGAGGAGGCAGGGUUACCUGCUCCUCUGGGUGCUGGGAAGGUGGCUUUUUAAGCUGGAUUUACAAGAAGCUGUGUUUUCCCUCCUCUGUGCAAAUGCAACUUUUAUUUGUUUGUAAAUUAAACUAACUUUGGGAUCAAUUAAAAAAAAUGGGGACGGGGGCCCACG